GAUCAAUGUGAGCAGGAACUGGAGAGGAGUAAUAGAGCUGGUGUUGUGCACCGCACCCCUCCUCCGAUUCUGCGGGGUCGCUUGGAACCCUCGCCUACUGUAAAGCCAUGGUGGACUUUCUCGCCGAGAACAAUUUGUGCGGCCAGGCGAUCCUCAGGAUUGUGUCUAGAGGGAAUGCCAUCAUUGCGGAACUCCUCCGUCUCUCCGAGUUCAUCCCCGCCGUAUUCAGGCUCAAAGACAAAAGCGAUCAACAGAAAUACGGCGACAUCAUCUGCGACUUCAGCUACUUUAAGGGUCCAGAAUAUUACGAGGGAAAGUUAGAAGCCAAGCCAGAACUUCAGGAUCUAGAUGAAGAAUUCCGGGAAAAUAACAUUGAAAUUCUGUCACGCUUUUACCUUGCCUUUGAAAGUGUCCAUAAGUACAUUGUGGAUCUAAUAAGAUAUCUGGAUGACCUCAAUGAAGGUGUAUACAUUCAGCAGACCUUAGAAACUGUGCUAUUGAAUGAAGAUGGAAAACAGCUCUUAUGCGAGGCUCUGUAUCUCUAUGGAGUCAUGCUGUUGGUCAUUGACCAGAAGAUUGAGGGUGAAGUCAGAGAGCGAAUGCUGGUGUCCUACUACAGAUACAGUGCCGCCCGCUCCUCGGCGGACUCCAACCUGGAUGACAUCUGCAAGCUCCUGCGCAGUACGGGCUACUCCAGCCAGCCGGGGGCCAAGCGCCCCGCCAACUACCCCGAGAGCUACUUCCAGAGAGUGCCUAUCAGCCCCACCUUCAUCAGCAUGGUGAUCGGACGCCUCCGGUCUGACGACAUCUACAACCAGGUGACUGCUUAUCCACUGCCGGAGCACCGCAGCACCGCGCUGGCCAACCAGGCGGCCAUGCUGUAUGUCUGCCUUUUCUUCACCCCCUCCAUCCUCCACACUCAGCAGGCCAAGAUGAGGGAGAUCGUGGACAAGUACUUCCCUGAUAACUGGGUUAUCAGCAUCUACAUGGGGAUCACUGUGAACCUGAUGGAGGCCUGGGAGCCCUACAAAGCUGCCAAAACUGCACUCAACUACACCCUGGACACAGCCAACAUCAAAGAGCAGGCCUGUCGGUACGCAGCCAGCCUGGACACCCUGAGGCCACAGGUGCAGCAGCUGCUAAAGGAGGGCUUCCUGCGGGAGGAGAUCGUCCUGGACAACAUCCCCAAGCUGCUCAACUGCCUGCGUGACUGCAACGUGGCCAUCCGCUGGCUGAUGCUCCACACGGCGGACACGGCCUAUGACCCAAACAACAAGAGGCUGCGACAGAUCAAGGACCAAGUGAUCAAUGACUCCAAGUACAACCCCAAGAUCCUCUUCCAGCUGCUGCUGGACACAGCCCAGUUUGAGUUCAUUCUGAAGGAGAUGUUCAAACAGAUGUUAUCUGAGAAACAGCUUAAGUGGGAGAGCUACAAGAGGGAGGGUUCUGAGAGGAUGACUGAGCUGGCUGAAGUGUUCUCAGGGGUCAAGCCCCUCACCAGGGUGGAGAAAAACGAGAACCUGCAGGCCUGGUUCAGGGAGAUCUCCAAGCAGAUUGAGUCCCUUAACUAUGAGGACUCCACAGCUGCGGGGAGGAAGACAGUGCAGCUGAUCCAGGCUCUGGUGGAGGUGCAAGAGUUCCACCAGCUGGAGUCCAACCUGCAGGUGUGCCAGUUCCUGGCCGACACCCGCAAGUUCCUGCACCAGAUGAUCCGUACCAUCAACAUCAAGGAGGAGGUGCUGAUCAGCAUGCAGAUUGUGGGCGACCUCUCCUACGCAUGGCAGCUUAUCGACAGCUUCACCUCUAUCAUGCAGGAGAGUAUCAGAGCAAAUCCAUCAAUGGUGACAAAACUGCGAGCCACUUUCCUGAAGCUGGCCUCUGCUCUGGACCUGCCGCUGCUACGCAUCAACCAGGCCAACAGCCCGGACCUUCUCAGUGUCUCCCAGUUCUACUCGGGCGAGCUGGUGGCCUAUGUUCGUAAGGUGUUGCAGAUCAUACCGGAGAGCAUGUUCACCUCCCUGGCCAAAAUCAUCAAGCUGCAGAUCCAUGACAUCAUGGAGGUGCCCACCCGCCUGGACAAGGACAAACUGAAGGACUACGCCCAGCUCGGGGCGCGCUAUGAGGUUGCCAAACUCACCCACGCCAUUUCAAUUUUCACCGAGGGGAUUCUGAUGAUGAAGACCACUCUGGUUGGGAUCAUAAAGGUGGAUCCCAAGCAGCUCUUGGAGGACGGCAUUCGGAAGGAGCUGGUCAGAAGGGUGGCCUACGCACUUCAUAAGGGCCUCAUCUUCAACCCCAAGGCGAAGACCAGUGAGCUGAUGCCCAAGCUGAAAGAAAUGGCGGCCACCAUGGAUGGGUUCUAUCGCUCCUUUGAGUACAUUCAGGACUACGUCAGCAUCUACGGGCUGAAGAUCUGGCAGGAGGAGGUCUCCCGCAUCAUCAACUACAACGUGGAGCAGGAGUGCAACAGCUUCCUCCGGACCAAGAUCCAAGAUUGGCAGAGUGUGUAUCAGUCUACCCACAUCCCUAUUCCCAAGUACCCCUCUGUGGAUGAGUCUGCCACCUUCAUUGGCCGUUUAUGCAGAGAGAUUCUAAGGAUCACUGACCCCAAAGUAACCUGCUACAUCGACCAGAUGAACACUUGGUACGACAUGAAAACACACCAAGAGGUUACAAACAACAGACUGUUCUCCGAGAUUCAAGACACUUUGGGGACUUUUGGACUGAACGGUCUUGACCGGCUGCUCUGUUUCAUGAUUGUAAAGGAGUUACAGAACUUCCUGACCAUGUUUCAGAAGACCAUUCUCCGGGACAAAUCCGUGGUCGAUGUUUUCAAAGCUCUGCUGAAUGCUGUGACCCCAGUGAAGGGCAUUGUGGCAAAUGCUAGCAAAGUCUAUGCCAACGCAGUGGCCAAAACGCAAAAAAUCUGGGCGGCCUACCUGGAUGCGAUUAUGAAGGUGGGUCAGAUGCAGAUUCUGAGGCAGCAGAUUGCCAAUGAGUUGAACUACUCGUGCAAGUUUGACUCCAAACACCUUGCUGCCGCCCUGGAAAACCUGAACAAGUCUCUGCUCGCUGAUAUUGAAGCACACUACCAGGACCCCUCCUUGCCCUACCCCAAGGAGGACAACACCCUCCUGUACGAGAUCACUGCCUACCUGGAGGCUGCCGGGAUCCACAACCCUCUCAACAAAAUCUACAUCACAACCAAGCGGUUACCGUACUUCCCCAUAGUGAACUUUCUGUUCCUCAUCGCCCAGCUGCCCAAACUGCAAUACAGCAAAAACCAAGGAAUGACAUGCAGGAAGGCCACUGACCCUGUGGACUGGCCCCCUCUGAUUCUGGGCCUGCUGACCCUGCUCAAGCAGUUCCACUCCAGAUACACAGAGCAGUUCCUGGCUCUGAUAGGCCAGUUCAUCCGCUCCAUCAUGGAGCAGUGCACCAGUCAGCGGAUUCCAGAAAUGCCCUCAGAUGUGGUGGGAGCGUUGAUGUUCCUGGAAGAUUAUGUGCACUACACAAAACUGCCACGCAAGGUUGCUGAAGCCCAGGUGCCCAGUUUCAUCUUCGAUGAGUUCAGGACAGUACUGUGAUACCUGGAGGAUGAGUGCACUUCUACAGCAGUAUUCCUCUUUUGACUGACCCAGGAAGAAAUCCACAGUCAUGAUAUGGCCUUCUAUGUCUGAAAGCACUAAUGAACUUAAUCAAAUGUUUCCAUUUUUUUAAUGUAACAUUUUUAGAAUAAAUUAGUAGACUCGAGUGUGAUAACAUGUCACUUUGUAAGCACUCAUUAACCGAUUAAAUGGCAACGAUUUUGUGAAUAAAA